UCUCGUCUGCGAAUGACACUCUGGAAAGUGAGAUGUUUAGUAACUCGGGUCUAUUAACGUUUGUUAUAACGUCUGACGUUCUGCGGUAUCACUAGAAAACCGAUUAAACUUAUUUUUUUAUCAGGCUGCUUUAUGUUCGGAGGGAAGCACAAGGCUUGAUCUCCUACAGCUGUCAAUAUUGCGUCGUCCUGGACCAGAAUUUCUAACAAAAGUCAGAGACAAAUGAAUGGCUACGGAUCACCGUAUCUGUAUAUGGGAGGUCCAGUCCCUCAUCCAAGAGCACCUAUUCAAAGGACGCCCAAGUGCGCUCGAUGUAGGAACCACGGGGUGCUGUCGUGGCUGAAGGGACAUAAGCGAUACUGUCGUUUUAAAGACUGUACUUGUGAAAAAUGCAUUCUGAUUAUUGAAAGACAGCGAGUGAUGGCUGCCCAGGUUGCUCUUCGAAGGCAGCAAGCAAAUGAAAGUUUAGAAAGUCUUAUUCCGGAAACGCUAAGAACUUUACCCGGACUUUCGGUGUCAGCGACGGACGAAGGCAGCGAAGGGCCACCGCCGCGCAUUGGAGGAAUGGACGUGAAGUGGGUGUCAGAGCAGUCUUGUAGCACACAUUCUACGGCAGACCUUAAUGAAGAUCGGUCAGGUGAGCACUCAGAAACAGACCAUGGCAGCAAUAGUGACAAGGAGCACGACCGCUCAAGUUCCCCUGAGAUGUCAAAGUCCAGUUUAUGCUACAAUCUGGAUUCUACGAAUGUCUCCACUACAUCAAAGGAAAGUCACUACAAUCUUCAAGAGAGCAGCAAUGACACUGAGACCAAAUCUGACAGUGCCAAAUUCCACAGAGAGGAGAACUUAGUUAUCGAGGGUCUCUCAGGGUCUGUAUCUCUCCCUUUAAAUCUCAAGGCUAAUCGUCCUCCCUUAGAGGUGCUAAGAAAAAUCUUCCCCAGUCACAAACCAGCAGUUCUUGAGUUGAUCCUUAAAGGUUGUGGUGGAGAUCUGGUAGGAGCCAUUGAGGUACUUCUGUCCAGUAGAUCGACCCCCAGAGUAGCACCCACUGAAGGCACUGACAACCUUAACUUACCAUCUAACAGGCACCUAUUUGAACACACCUUGGGGUCCUAUCCUGUAUCCUCUUCUAAAUGGUCAGUGGGAUCUGCUUUCAGAGUUCCUGAUUCUUUGAGGUUCCCCUCUGAGACCACCAAUGUUGUCCCCAGUCCCUUAGCUGUACCUCUGCAGCAUCCCUUUUCCCAAGGGCCUCGCUACCCCCUAAUGCUGAGAAAUUCCAUAUCCAGGGGCCAGACUAACCCGUUUGUGCCCAGUGAUGUGACUCUGUGGAAUACCAUGACUCUGCAGCAGCAAUAUCAGCUCAGGUCCCAGUAUGUGUCUCCUUUCUCCAGCGCGUCCAGCAGCAUCUUCAGCUCCUCUGUCCUUCAUUCCCGUCCCUCUGAUGAUCACAGGAUUACAAUACAGGAGGAUGGAUGCACCAUGGUACCCAAACAGACUGUCUACGCAGAGGACGACUAUGAUGAGAGAUCCGACUCGUCAGACUCUAGAAUUUUAAAUUCCUCAGCCUGACCUGAAUAGCAAAGACAAAUCGAAACAAAUAAACAAUGGAAAAAACUUAAUUGAAAUGUCACCUGCUGAUUUUUGCUUGAAAUUCUCUUAAGUAAUAAGUAGCCCUAUGGCACUUGGCACUUCUAGAACUUCCAAAGAAAAUGAGUUGCAGAAAUAAUUAAAACAUGUAUAAAGCCCAUUUUGUCCAUUAAUAUUGAUAUGUAUCACAAGUUUGCAUGUAAUCUACAAUGGAUAUGCCCUACAAUUAGAAAUGACAAAAUUAUGUAGCAUGUUGAGUAUAAACAAAAUAAACC